GCGCGCGGAAAAUAAACAGUUGAAAUUGUCAAAGCGACGCGCGACGUGAAAACAAAAGUGCCAAGUGAAAAUAUCUGCGAAAAUGUCUCUGAUGCCGUACUGGUUACGACAUAUGAGGAAUCUGGCGUACCGGGAUCCUAUCGCCAGGGCGUUUGAAGAUCCGUUUGCCCUGUUAGCCAGGGACCCGUUCUUCCGCGACCCUGUGAAGUACAUCAAGCAAGUGACAGCUCCUAUCGAGCAGGAGCAUGGCAUCGAAGGAAUUUACUCCGAUUCGGAGGUGAAGGUUGACGGCAAGAAGGUGGAAGUGCAUUUGGACGUCCAGAAUUUCUCUCCGGAUCAGAUUCAGGUGAAGACCGUUGGGAACGAGAUCUUGGUGGAGGGGAAGAAGGAGAUCAAGCGAGAGGAUGGCUGGACGAGGAGUCACUUCGAGAGGCGGUUCCUGCUGCCUGAUGGGUUUCCCCCGGAGCGCGUGGAGUGCCACCUGGACAAAGGAAAGCUGUUGCUGGUAGCCUUUAGGGCGGAGCCGGUCGAGGAGAGGAAGAUCCCGAUCCAGGACAAAUCCGCAGAGAAGAAGGAAGAAUCUAAGUAGUAAACCAGUGAUUAGUUUUAUUAAAUCUUUCAGACUGACUAGUUUAGGCCCGGUUUCUGUGAUUUUUAUUUUAAUAACGAAUAAAUAACUUUGAAAU